UUUUUUCUUUCCUACUUGGUGUCAAAAUGUUCAAGCUUGCCCGCAGCAAACCGGUUACCGCGGCCUUGAGAGCUGCGACGGAGUCUUCCGUUCAGUCCCGCCUGGGCCAGCAGCAGAGAAACCUCUCCAUCCACGAAUACCUGUCCGCGAACUUGCUCAAGUCGUAUGGCGUCGGAAUGCCCAAGGGUGAAGUCGCCCGCUCCGCAGAGGAAGCUGAGGCCGUUGCCAAGUCCCUUGGUAACGAUGAUAUGGUCAUCAAGGCUCAGGUUCUCGCUGGUGGUCGUGGCAAGGGUACUUUCAGUAACGGUCUGAAGGGUGGUGUGCGCGUGAUCUACUCGCCUACCGAGGCAAAGAUGUUCGCUGGACAGAUGAUUGGAGAGAAGCUUAUUACCAAGCAGACUGGUGCUGCCGGUCGUCUUUGCAACUCCGUCUACAUCUGUGAGCGCAAGUUCGCUCGUCGCGAGUUCUACCUCGCCGUUCUCAUGGACCGUGCUACCCAGGGUCCUGUCAUUGUCGCUUCGUCUCAGGGUGGUAUGGAUAUUGAAGCUGUCGCUAAGGAGAACCCCGACGCCAUCAUCACUACUCCUAUCGACAUCAAGGUUGGAGUCACCGACGAGAUCGCCACGAAGAUCGCUACCGAGCUUGGCUUCUCUGAGCAAUGCAUUGACGAGGCUCGCGACACUAUUCAGAAGCUGUACAAGGUCUUCAUGGAGAGGGAUGCCACCCAGAUCGAGAUCAAUCCCCUCUCCGAGACUUCUGACCACAAGGUCAUGGCCAUGGAUGCUAAGCUGAACUUCGACGACAACGCCGAAUUCAGACAGAAGGAGGUCUUCGAGUGGAGAGACACCACCCAAGAGGACGCUGAUGAGGUCAAGGCUGCUACACACGGCUUGAACUUCAUCAAGCUUGACGGUGACAUUGGAUGCUUGGUCAACGGUGCUGGUCUGGCCAUGGCUACCAUGGAUAUCAUCAAGCUUAACGGUGGUAACCCCGCCAACUUCCUCGACGUCGGUGGUGGUGCCACCCCCGCUGCUAUCAAGUCCGCCUUCGAGCUUAUCACCAGCGAUCCUAAGGUGACUGCCAUCUUUGUCAACAUCUUCGGUGGUAUUGUUCGUUGCGAUGCUAUCGCUCAGGGCUUGAUCAACGUCGUGCAGGAGAUGGGCCUGCGUACCCCCAUCGUUGCUCGUCUUCAGGGCACCAACAUGGAGCAGGCGAACAAGCUGCUCAACGACUCUGGCCUCAAGAUCUUCUCCAUUGAGGAUCUCCAGAGCGCUGCCGAGAAGUCGGUUCAGUUCUCCAAGGUCGUCAAGUUGGCUCGCGAGAUCGAUGUCGGUGUUGAGUUCACUCUUGGUAUCUAAAUUCCAUGUCGACAUAGAGCUGCGUCUCCUUAGCUGAUGCUCCACUAUCUCUUGUAUUUUUCUCUUCUUUGUUUUUCUGCAAUUAUUUUCUUGAUAUCUAUAUUCUUCUUUCCGGUGGCCGAGAGGUUAGGAAGAUCCGAGUUCAAAGAUGCAGCGAGAUGCGGAGUUAUUGGCCGAGGAGGGCGACAGCCUUUCUUUCUUAAGGUAUGAUGCUAACGCACUGCUGCUGCUUAGAGAAUGAUCGGUCAUAAGGAGUUGCCCACGAGUUAAACAUAAUGUUGAUACACGAGAUGGA